AUGGCAACAGUUUCGGACGUCAAGUAUGGUGGAGACGUCACCGGUAAGAACGAGACGAAGCAAAUCGAAGAGUUUAUACCUCAACCUACUGAAAAUGCGUUAUCGGCCUGGCAAUGCAUCCGUCAAAACCCUAAGAUCACUCUAUGGGCGAUUUGGGCCAAUAUCGGCUCCAUCAUGAUCGGCUACGAGAAUCUCGCGCUAUCCGUCUGUCUGGCAAUGCCAGCCUUCCAGAAAACGUUUGCCUCUGAGAUCAAAGGCGUGUUGUUGAUUCCGGCACACUGGCAAUCAUUAUGGAACGCCAUGUUCAACGUUAUGACCAUGGUGGGAUCCCUAGCCGCUGGACCUAUCCAAGACUGGUCGGUCGUCGAGCCAUAUUCCUCACGGUUGCUAUCUUCGCCAAAGAUUCUUACUGGAUUCGCGCUGGGCGCCUGGACCGUCGGCACACAGACGUUUGUAUCAGAGAUUACGCCACUGCCUAUGAGAGGCAUCGCUUUGUCCAUCAAUACUGUUUUAAUGAACCUCGGCCUUCUCAUUGCCAUUUCCGCCACGUUCAGCCGCCUCACGAUAAUGGAUCCAAUAGCCUUUCGAGUCGUAUUUGCGGGUGCUUGGGCUUUCCCUGCGGCGAUUCUCCUAGGCCUUUUAUUCGUUCCCGAAUCCCCAUACUGGCUUGUGAUGAAAGGCAAACACGAGCAGGCCCGCAGAUCGCUCACGCGGCUCUCUCCAGCUGGAGAAGAAAUCGAAACACGCCUCGUGAAUAUUCAACAUACAGUAGAGCUGGAGCGCCGUCAGCAAGGAGAAGCAGGCUCGCUCAUCGAGUGUUUCUACGGAACCAAUCUCCGUCGCACCCUUAUCACACUUAUUUGCUUCUACAUGUCGAUGACAGUGGGCUCGGUGCUUUCGGCCAACUCACCGUAUUUCUUGAAUCAGUCGGGCCUGUCGUCAGACACUGUACUCACAAUCACCCAGGUUGGCGUCAGCAUGGGUGUUUUAUCAGCCAUUGUCAAUCUCUUCCUCAUGAUGAAGUUCAAUCAUCGCAUACUCAUGUUUUCCGGCGUGGGCAUCUGCGUAGUAGCAUACCUGACCAUGGGCAUUGCUGGUGCGAUGCGAAGAACCACCACGACCAUGACCGUUGUGGGGAUCGCACUGCAGUUCUCGACGUUGUCCUACGGACCUGCCGUCGGCGCUUCCAUGGCUGUCGCGGGAGAAGUCUCUUCCACGCGCCUCCGCGCAAAGACACUGGCCCUCGGAAACGGGUUUGCGGGUGUGGCAGGCACUUUCUGGAUGGCUGUUCUGCCUUAUCUCUACAAUACGGACCAGGCUGAUCUGGGCGGGAAUCUGGGUUGGAUUUUCUUUGGCAUUGCUGUCAUAUAUGUUGGUUUCCUAUAUUUCUUCGUCCCGGGAACAAAGGGACGAACAUUUGAAGAGCUGGAUAUCAUGUUUGAGAAGAAGCUUCCUGCGAGGGCUUUUGAAAAUUAUCAACCGCAGGAAAAUGAGGCUUGA